AUGGCGGAGGAACCGCAAAAAGAGAUGCUACAGAAAGAAAUUGAUGGAUUGAAUUGCCUCGCUUAUGACGAGGCCAUUAUCGCUCAGCAAGACAGGAUUCAACAAGAGAUAGCUACUAGCACUCCUCUCGUCUCAGAUGUUCAGGAACUCUCCUCUCUGAAGGAAGAAUAUGCUCAGGAUGAUGUUGUUUACCAACUGAAAAUAAAGGAUUUGCAAAAAAAAUACACCUCUAUUCGGAAGACACGGCCUGAUGGGAACUGCUUCUACAGAGCCUUUGGCUUCUCACACUUGGAAUCUUUACUGGGUGAUGGCAAAGAACUGCAGAGGUUCAAAGCCAUUGCUGCCAAGAGUAAACUUGAUCUUGUGAGCCAGGGCUUCACAGAGUUCACCAUUGAGGACUUUCACAACACUUUUAUGGACCUGAUAGAGUUGUGUGAGAAGCAGCCUCCAGUGGGAGACCUGCUCAGCUCCUUUAAUGACCAGAGCGUCUCUGACUAUUUAGUGGUGUACCUGCGGCUGCUUACCUCAGGCUUCCUCCAGCGAGAGGAGGCCUUCUUCCAGCAUUUCAUUGAGGGUGGACGCACCGUCAAAGAGUUCUGUCAACAGGAGGUGGAGCCCAUGUCCAAAGAGAGUGACCACAUUCACAUUAUAGCUCUAGCCCAGGCGUUGGAUGUGUCUAUACUAGUGGAGUACAUGGACAGAGGGGAGGGAGGCACUGUCAACCACCACGUGUUCCCGGAAGACGGCGAACCACGCAUUUUCCUCCUGUACCGACCCGGUCACUACGACAUCCUUUACAAAUAAUGUAAGGGAAAAAGGCUGCCGCUCUCUCCUGAUUCUAACCGUGGGUUUCACAUGGCUCCACUUUUAAUACUGUGAAAUACAAAAAGCAGGAGCUGAAGACCAGUCAUCUCUACUUGGUUUCUCCAAAGACUCAAAAGCGGUGCUUGGAAA